UUCACACUCACACUCUCUGUCACAAAAAACACUUCCUUCUUUAUAUAUCUGUUAUUAUCUCUCUACUUUCUCAAUUUUUCUCUGCAAGAAUCUAGAGUAGGGUUCAAAUCCCCAAUUCAGAUCCACUACAACUAUCAGGUAAGGAUUAAACAUGGAAAAGUGAUUGAUUUACUAUGGAGAGAUCGUGUAUGGAAGGUUACUAUAUUUGGAAAUUGGAAUAGUCGUACUGUUUGUGCAAACUGUGACAUGUGAUAUAAGUCUUUAUGUUGGGAAAUCUUAAUUGGUCAUGCGAAAUACGGAGGGGAAGUAGGAGUAGGACCACCUGAUUUGGGGUACACUUAAGACUCGAAUACUGCGAGUAGGGGAGAACUGAGUAAGUUUUCUUCUUCAUUUCAUGAUAAGUUGUGAAUGAAACUUCAACCAUUACGUCCUAGCUUGAACUCACUCGGACACGGUGACAAUAAGUGAUGGGACGGGCACGAUAGAUGUCAGUUCUCAAUCUUAUAACUAGUUUGGUAUAUCAUCUAUUAAGUUAAUACUCUUGCUACAUUUAUCAUGACUGAUAAAGGAUCCUAAUGCUAUGAUUUUUGAGGACUUGGAUGCAGCUCAUCUAUGUUGCCUUUCAGUUUGAGGGACACAAGGGUAGAGUGCUUUGAUCAUGAUCUCUGAUUUAUAAAAAUAAGUUAAAAUUUUAAUUACUCACUUGGGAAGUUUUUGGUUAUAAAAUGAGAGGGAGAUCAGAUGAAGUACAAAAGAAGCGUUUUGUCACUGCCUUAGUGGGUGUAGCAGUGGUCCUUGGUUUUCUAUAUGUUUUUCAGGGAUCUAUUUUUGGUUCACAAAAUAGUGGUGCAGCAGCUUUAGAGUAUGGCAGCAAAUCUUUGAGAAAAUUCGGUUGGGGUGGGGAUGAAGAUGCAGAUGAUACAUCCUCCAAGUUUUCCCAGGAAGAUGCAGAUGAUGGUAUUAUGGCAAAAAGCUUCCCUGUAUGCGACGAUCGACAUUCAGAAUUGAUUCCGUGUUUGGAUAGACAUCUCAUAUACCAGCUGAGAUUGAAGUUGGAUUUGUCUUUGAUGGAACACUAUGAAAGGCAUUGCCCUCCUCAAGAAAGGCGCUACAAUUGCUUGAUACCACCACCACAUGGUUACAAAGUUCCCAUCAAAUGGCCUAGAAGCAGAGAUGAAGUUUGGAAAGCAAAUAUUCCUCACACACACCUCGCACAUGAGAAGUCGGAUCAAAACUGGAUGGUUGUGAAAGGUGAAAAAAUUGUAUUUCCUGGUGGAGGUACUCAUUUUCAUCAUGGAGCUGACAAAUAUAUUGCUGCAAUGGCCAAUAUGCUUAACUUUUCAGGCAAUGUCAUUAACAAUGGAGGCAGGCUGAGGACUGUUCUUGAUGUGGGCUGUGGUGUCGCUAGUUUUGGUGGUUAUCUUCUCUCAUCUGAUGUCAUAGCUAUGUCCUUGGCACCUAAUGAUGUUCAUCAGAAUCAAAUCCAGUUUGCCUUGGAGAGAGGAAUCCCAGCAUAUCUUGGUGUUCUAGGAACAAAGAGGCUUCCAUAUCCUAGCAGGUCUUUUGAGCUUGCUCACUGCUCUCGAUGUAGAAUUGAUUGGCUUCAAAGGAAUGGUAUACUUCUUCUUGAGUUAGAUAGGGUGUUAAGACCUGGUGGCUAUUUUGCCUACUCUUCUCCAGAAGCAUAUGCACAGGAUGAGGAGGAUCUUAGGAUAUGGAAAGAGAUGAGUGCUCUUGUGGAGAGGAUGUGUUGGAAAAUAGCAGCUAAAAGAAAUCAAACAGUCAUUUGGGUCAAGCCUUUGAAUAAUGACUGCUACAUGCAAAGGCCUCCUGGUACUGAACCUCCACUUUGCAGAUCAAAUGAUGAUCCAGAUGCUGUUUUGGGCGUGCCAAUGAAAGCAUGCAUCACACCAUACUCUGAUCAUGACCACAAGGUUGGUGGAAGUGAAUUGGCUCCUUGGCCGGCUAGGUUGACUAAUCCUCCACCUCGGCUGGCUGAUUUUGGCUAUUCAAGUGACAUGUUUGAGAAAGAUACUGAAAUGUGGGCACGGAGAGUUGAUAACUACUGGAACCUAUUAAGUCCAAAGAUCCAGUCUGAUACUUUGAGGAAUGUGAUGGAUAUGAAGGCUAAUUUAGGAUCAUUUGCAGCUGCUUUGAAGGAUAAGGAUUUGUGGGUCAUGAAUGUUGUUCCUGAAGAUGGACCAAACACACUUAAGCUGGUAUAUGAUCGUGGGCUCAUCGGAGCAGCUCACAACUGGUGUGAGGCCUUCUCAACCUAUCCUCGGACUUUUGAUCUACUCCAUGCCUGGAACAUUAUCUCUGACAUCGAGAAGAAAGGCUGUAGCCCUGAGGAUCUUCUACUUGAGAUGGAUAGAAUUCUCAGGCCUACUGGCUUUAUCAUCAUCCAAGACAAACAGUCUGCAGUGGACUUUGUAAAGAAGUAUUUGUCAGCCUUGCAUUGGGAGGCAGUUGCAACAGGCAGUGCAAAUUUAGAUUCAGGUGAUGGGGAGGAAGUCGUGUUUAUCGUUCAAAAGAAGCUGUGGCUCCCAACUCGGAACUCCAAGGAUUCAGAAUAGGUGAUACUCUUGAAGGUUAUGUGUCUCUGUGCUCCUUCAUAUUUCAUCUGCCCAGAAUAGAGAGGCUCACUGCUAGCAAUCAGUUUUAAGUUGCAUUCUGUAGCAUUAACUUAUGAUUGUUCAAUUAUAUCAGUUUACCACUUUUUUGGUUUCUUUUGGCAUCUAGAAUGUUACCCCUUUAGGUUUUAGUAGAUUAGCUUAUGGAUAAGAGGAUCAUCUAUAGGCUAAUUCAUAUUGGUUUAUUUCCUCGAUAUUAUUUUGAGGUUUACUUGCAGAAUAUUUUGGAAAUUCAUUAUAAAUUGUAACAAGACAUUAUACGCUGAAGAACACGAGGGGAUUUGAUUAUUAUAAAUUUGUUUAAUAAGAAUUCUUGAUUAAUAUAUCUUCCCUGAUAUUCGUUACCA